AUGCCCUUGAACCAAGAGUGAAACUGAACUAUCUAAGGAAAACACUGUGAGCAAACACCAAGGGCUGAGGGAAACCAUCUGAUCAGAGCAGCUUUGCAGCAGGACGAAGGCGGCAGCUGGGCGGAAGGUCCAGGGCCGAGGCCAUGUCCACCACAACAUGCCAAGUGGUGGGCUUCCUGCUGUCCGUCCUGGGCCUGGCGGGCUGCAUCGCUGCCACUGGUAUGGACAUGUGGAGCACCCAGGACUUGUACGACAACCCGGUCACCUCCGUGUUCCAGUACGAGGGGCUCUGGCGGAGCUGUGUGCAGCAGAGCUCGGGCUUCACCGAGUGCCGGCCCUACUUCACCAUCCUGGGCCUGCCAGCCAUGCUGCAGGCAGUACGAGCCCUGAUGAUCGUAGGCAUAGUCCUGGGUGUCAUCGGCCUCCUGGUGGCCAUCUUCGCCCUGAAAUGUAUCCGCAUUGGCAACAUGGACGACCCCUCCAAAGCCAAGAUGACGCUGACCUCGGGGAUCAUGUUCAUCAUCUCAGGUCUUUGCACAAUCGCUGGAGUGUCUGUAUUUGCCAACAUGCUGGUUACUAACUUCUGGAUGUCUACAGCUAACAUGUACACUGGCAUGGGUGGGAUGGUGCAGACUGUUCAGACCAGGUAUACCUUUGGUGCAGCUCUGUUCGUGGGCUGGGUUGCUGGAGGUCUGACCCUCAUUGGGGGCAUAAUGAUGUGCAUCGCUUGCCGGGGUCUGGCGCCCGAGGAAACCAACUACAAAGCCGUGUCUUAUCAUGCCUCGGGCCACAAUGUCGCCUACCGGCCUGGAGGCUUCAAAGCCAGCACUGGCUUUGAGUCCAGUAACAAAAACAAGAAGAUAUUCGAUGGGGGUGCCCGCACAGAGGAUGAGGGACAAUCCCAUCCUUCCAAGUACGACUACGUGUAGCCCUGCAAGACACCUCGGUCUGGGCAGAGGAAAGCCCCCACCUAGAGCUCACCCCCAAACAAGGACAUUUUACCUUGAUUCCCAAUUGCUUCUGACUCACAGUUGGAAAUUACAAAGCCUUGAUUUCACCCAUGGUGAGGCCAGAUGGUCUUGGCCACCUGUGUCUAAAUGUUCCAUCACAAAACAGCUGAGUUAUCAGAGGUGCAUUAGAGGCUCUAGCCCACAUUUUCCAAUCCUCUUAUUUCUUUUUUUUAAUAGAAACUUUUAAACCUGAUGAUAGAAUGUACUUUGAAUUCCUAUCAAUCACUUAGAUAAUUUAGACAGAUGCACCCUCCUCCUCUUGGCCAACAGUCCAUUGAUGAUCUAUUUCCCAACUCAUCCCCUAGAACAGUUCUGAAAGCAAAGCCAAAAAAAGAGAGUCCAUCAAAAGACAUCAUUUUCUGCAACUUGAUUUUUGCCCCCACCUCCUGCCCUAACUUGGCUACUAAUAAACACUGAUAGAAGAAGAGGUAAUAGGGGAGAGAUCUUUAUCGUAUCUCCAGCUCAUUAUCUGAGUUUUCUUAAACUGUGAUCUUCAACAGUACUUGGACUAAAAUGAUUGCAGUUUGAGGAAACUAACCUUUUCCACUUCUGCUAAUACCUGCUAAUUCCAGCUAAAUUCCCCCCAGGGAGUCUCCUGGGCUUCUUACUGCAGGUCCUCUUUCUGUCACAGAAAG